GCUGGCUCAGCGGCGGUCUGGAGUGAGGGUAGCACGUUGAGCUGAAGUCUUUGCAGUGCGCCGCAGCACAGGGACUGGCCUUGUGCCCAGGGUCUGGUGGGAAUCCCAGGCUUGCCCACGUCCGGGUCCCCGGAGGAUGGAUCUCGUGUGGAGUGCGUGGUACUGCAAGUGUGUCAAAGUAAAGGAAUCAUCGCCACUGUGGGCCCAGAGCCUUGUGGUCGCCUGGCUCAGUAGGGCCGAGUGGGACCAGGUGACGGUUUAUCUGUUCUGUGACGACCAUAAGUUGCAACGGUACGCGCUGAACCGCAUCACCGUGUGGAGGAGCAGGUUAGGCAACGAACUCCCCCUGGCAGUGGCUUCUACCGCUGACCUGAUACGCUGUAAGCUCAUGGAUGUAACUGGUGGCUUGGGCACUGAUGAACUUAGACUGCUCUAUGGCAUGGCAUUGGUCAGGUUUGUGAAUCUUAUCUCGGAGAGGAAGACAAAGUUUUCCAAGCUCCCCCUCAAGUUCCUGGCUCAGGAGGUGAACAUUCCGGAUUGGAUUGUUGAACUUCGUCAUGAGUUGACCCACAAGAAAAUGCCCCAUAUAAAUGAUUGUCGCAGAGGCUGCUACUUUGUCCUGGAUUGGCUCCAGAAGGCCUAUUGGUGCCGCCAAUUGGAGAAUAGCCUUAGAGAGACAUGGGAGUUAGAGGAAGACAGAGAAGAGACAGAUGAAGAGGACCAGCAGGAAGAUAAAAAUGUUGUUAAUGCCAUCACAGAAUUGAAAUCAGAGCCUCAGGACAUUAAGAAAGAUGCAGAGUCAGAUGUCAGGCCUGAUGGUGACAGCAAAGACAACAAAGAUGUGGAUUCUACUUUCGAAAAGGCUAUGAGACAUAAAGAGCUAUAUGAAAGAGCCAGAGAACUACUGGUGUCAUAUGAAGAGGAGCAAUUUAAGCAGGUGUUGGAGAAAUUUAGGCAUUUACCUCAGGCCAUUAAGGCAUGGAAUAACCCAUCCCCACGUGUAGAAUGCAUCCUGGCAGAGCUCAAGGGCAUUACAUGGGAGAACAGGGAGGCUGUGCUGGAUGCUUUUCUAGAUGACGGCUUCCUCAUCCCCACAUUUGAGCAGCUGGCAGCUUUGCAGAUAGACUAUGAAGAUGGUCAGACUGAGGUCCAGAGAGGGGAAGGUACUGAUGCAAAAUCACACAAAAACGUGGACUUGAGUGACAUCCUGGUACCAAAGCCAUUCUCUCAGUUCUGGCAGCCCUUGCUUAGGGGCCUGCACUCCCAGACCUUCACACAGGCCCUGCUGGAGAGGAUGUUCUCUGAGCUGCCAGCCUUGGGGGACAGUGGGAUCCGGCCCACCUACAUCCUCAGAUGGACCGUUGAACUGAUCGUGGCCAACACCAAAACUGGACGGAAUGCUCGCCGAUUUUCUGCAAGCCAGUGGGAAGCAAGAAGGAGCUGGAGGCUGUUUAACUGCUCCACCUCACUUGACUGGCCCCAGGUGGUGGAGUCCUGCUUGGGCUCACCUUGCUGGGCCAGCCCCCAACUCCUUCAGCUCAUCUUCAAAGCCAUGGGGCAGGUCCUGCCAGACGGAGAGCAGGAGAAGCUGCUGCGCAUCUGUUCCAUUUAUACCCAGAGUGGUGAAAACAGCCCGGUGCAGGAGGGUUGCGAGGCCUCCCCCAUUGGGAAGUCUCCAUAUACUCUGGACAGCCUGUAUUGGAGCCUCAAACCAACUGGCUCCAGCUUUGGGUCUGAAGGAAAGGUCCGGCAGCAGGAGCCGCAGGGAAGCAUUAAUGAUGUCAAAGAAGAGGAGAAGGAAGAGAAAGUGGUCUUACAAGACCAGGUGGAGGAAGAGGAGGAGGAGGAAGAGGAGGAGGGGGGGGAAGAAAAUGACCAGGAGGAAGAGGAUGACGAUGACGAUGAUGACGAUGAAGAUGAUGAAGAUGAAGACAGAAUGGAGGUGGGGCCUCUCUCUACAGGGCAGGAGUCCCCCACUACCAAGAAUGCCAGGAUCCUGGCACAGAAAAGAGGAGCUCUACAGGGCUCUGCAUGGCAGGUUAGCUCAGAAGACGUGCGAUGGGACACAUUUCCCCUAGGCCGAAUGCCAGGUCAGACCGAGGACCCAGCAGAGCUCAUGCUGGAGAAUUAUGACACCAUGUAUCUUUUGGACCAGCCUGUGCUAGAGCAGCGGCUGGAACGCCCAAUGUGCAAGACUGGCACCCUGGGCCUGACCUGUGGUGUCAGCAGUGGAAACUGCAGUAACAGCAGCAGCAGCAACUUUGAGGGCCUUCUCUGGAGCCAGGGGCAGCUGCAUGGGCUCAAAACUGACCUGCAGCUCUUCUGAUGUCAGCCCUGGUGCAAGUGUUCAUCUAGCCCUGCCAGGGCAACAGCCCAUGCCCCAAUGCUCCCUGAGACAACCUGAAAGACAACCUGGAUCAGCCACAUCAACUCAGCUUUCUACCACAAUGGAAUUUUGAAUGUCUUUUGGGUUUGUUUUGUUUCUAAAAACAAUUAAACAGGCAACUGU